UAAAUUUUUAAAUAUUUCGCCUUUUUGUCUUUUAAAAUUUCUUUUGGCCCAAAUUAAUCCAACAAAAUUAUGUGCAAAAUUAUAUGAUUAAAACACCAGCCUUUCUUAUCUCGCUUCACGACCUCCGCUGCAACUUAUUGGCAUUUAUAGGGAAAUAACGUGUUAAGAUUUUCCUUCCAGAGAAGGAGCAACGACUUUGAGAAACCAAUUAUGAUCAGUGCACCAAUGGAGACGUUGACCUUUACGCCAAAUAGAUAUAUGAAACGAAAACAAGGGAAUUUCUGCAAUAGAGUAACGAACGAAGUCCAUUAUAAUGCACAAUUCAGGCAUCCUCUGGAACAUAUAUGGACAUUAUGGUAUUUAGAGAAUGAUCGUUCCAAACAUUGGAAGGAUAUGCUUAAUGAGAUAACACAGAUUGAGAGUGUAGAGACAUUUUGGAGUAUGUAUUAUACUAUAAAAACGCCAUCAGAGUUGAAAAUUGGUUGCGAUUAUUCCAUGUUCAAGCGGAACAUAAAACCCAUGUGGGAGGAUGAGGCCAAUAUCAAAGGUGGUCGUUGGCUCAUAACUGUUGCCAAAAACUCCAAAACGGAACUCGAUCGCAUCUGGCUGGACAUAUUGCUCAUGAUGGUGGGCGAGAGUUUUGACUAUUCUUAUGAGAUUUGUGGAGCCGUCAUUAAUAUUCGUGCCAAGAGCAAUAAGAUUUCUGUUUGGACAGCAAAUAGUUCAAAUGAAUUGGCCAUUUUGGAGAUUGGUCAAAAACUUAAAAUGCUAUUGCAUUUACAAACGCAUAAUCUACAUUAUCAAUUACACUCGGAUGCAAUGUCUAAAAUCAAUUCGGGCGUUAAAUCGGUUUAUACUCUAUGAAGGAAAACCAAAUCACCAAAUCAAAAUUCUUUAUUUUGUUGUUAAAAAUUUCUUAUUUGGUCGUAGUAUUCGACUGAUCGUGAGAUCAACUUAAGGAAUAAAAGAGGCUGUGUGUUUAUAUAAAA